AUGAACCAAGUUGCAUGGCCCGAUGAUGCUAAAAUAAUUGCAUUCAAACCACCUCGGGUCGUUGAUCAGAUUUCUUCUUUAUGUUAUAAUGCUGGCGUUCUAGCAAGUUUGUUAUAUUUACUUACUUCAACAGUCGUCAGACCGCUACUACAGCGGACGUACAAGCAGCGAAUGGAAUUAUCAUAUAAUACUUUGCUGCGCUUGAGGAAGUUAGUUCGUAACUUGUCAGGCCGAGUAAAGACACCUAUAUCAGUUAUAGGCUUUAAUGAACGGUCCGUUCAGAUAAGAAAAGAGGGCACAAAAUACGUUGAUCGUUGCACGCAAACCUCUGGAGAUGGUAUGGAUUAUGAUUACAUGCGUGACAAGGAGAAUGAGUCAAGAAACACUACAUGGAUGAUGAUUAACAACCAACUAGAACGGGCUACCAGGAAUCUGAUCGCAUUCAACUACGAGAACGCGGUAACCCUGGACUCUGUGGACUGCUUCUCCUUGGAGUCCAAGAAACUAAAUAAUAUGCUAAAUGAUGAUUCGGACUUACUGGAGUUUAAUAGAAGGUGUUCUGAACUUUCCAACAAAAUUUUGGAUUUGAAGGGUCGAUUCAUUAAAGGUUUUGUUCAUUAG